AUGAAGCUAUCACCUCUGGCGCAUCAGGCGAACGCCCACGACGAUGCCGUCUGGUCCGUCGCGUGGUCCGGCGCCGGCGAAGGGCUGCUCCUGACGGGCUCGGUCGACGAGUCCGUGAAGGCUUGGCGGGCCGCCGGGGACGGCUUGGAAAUGGCGCACGCCUACACGGGGCACACCCUGGGAGUCGUGGCGCUGGCGGCCGCACCGAACGGACUGGUGGCAUCAUCGGCGCUGGAUUCCCUCAUUCGGGUCUGGAGCGUCGACACGCACGAGACGAGGUGCGUCAUCGAGACCCCGCCAGCGGAGAAUUGGCAGAUCGCGUUCGCUCCAGGGGACGAGCCCGCGCACCUGGCGGUGGCGGGGGGCGUGAGCGGCGGCGUUAAGCUGUACUCGAUCGAGCAAGACGGGGGAGAGCAGCUGGAAAAACCGUCGCCUCGUUUUCGUACGCCGUCUCACGCCCCGACCUCUUCCGUCUUACCACAGAGCGUGACGUACAGUCCCGACGGUCGCAGGCUCGCGUGCGGUGCCAUGGACGGCACCGUCGCCCUCUUCGACGUGGGCACGGGCAAGCUCCUCCACACCCUCGCGGGCCACGCCAUGCCGGUGCGUUCGCUCUGCUUCAGCGCCGACGGCAAGACGCUCUACACCGGCUGCGACGAUGGGCAUAUCCACGCGUACGACGCCGAGCACCGCAGCCUGACCGAUGCGCUGCCGGGGCACAAAUCUUGGGUCCUCGGCGUGGCCGUCAGCCCCGACGGCAGCGCGCUGUGCUCGUGCUCGAGCGACGCCACCGUGAAGCUCUGGGACGUGGGCCAGCGAUCGUGCAUGCAGACGAUGAGCGACCAGGCGGAGGCUGUGUGGGGGGUGUGCUUCGCGCCCGGUGGGGGAAAGGUGGCGAGCGUCAGCGACGACAAGAGCGUGAACCUGUACGAUUUCGUCUGA